GAAGAAUUCCAACAAUAAAACCAGAAGAAUCAGGUCAUCAUAAGACACAGGCUGGCCGCCCGGCUGGCUUGUAUCGAACAUUUUCCUUCCAACAACAACAACCUUUCUUCAUCAAUCAUCUUCAUCCCUUCCAAUCCUCUCUGUUACAUUCUUGAUCCCUCCAUCUUCAAUUUACAUUCUUGAUUCUUCCUCAGACAAUAAAACCAAGAUCAAGAAAGAUGGCUUGCAUUCUUGUUGGUGUGAUUUGAGCUGAAAGCCACCUCCGUUCAAACCCCGUGCCAUUAAUUGCUCUGGCAAGGGAACUCGAAGAAGAAGAAGAAGAUCCAGGGGGUAGGGUAACAAUGGAGGAGCGGCAAGGGGACAUACGGGUCCCACUCAUCUCGUUCUUGUUCUGCAUUUUGGUCACCGCCGGCGGCAUCCUCCUCUGCAUGUACGCUUUCUUCCCGGCUGAAUCCCAGCCAUGGUUCAUCCACGUGGCCUUCUUGCUGAUCGGGUCUCCUUGGGUGUUCUGGUUCGUCAUGUACAUCUACACAUGCUUCAAGCGGUGCGCUGAGAGGAGGAGCAUCCACAACCGCCAGAUUUCCCGGCGAAGCUCUAUGCCCACGGCCACCUCCCUGGAGCUUGAAACAUCCCAAGACUCCCAACCAUAGAAUGAGAUCUCACAUGUCCUCUUCUUCUUUUUUUCCAUUCUAUAUAUAAUUAUUAUUUUUAACCCUUCUCUUUUCAUUG